CCCCAGAGUGCUGCGGUGUCCGUGUGUAUGUAACAGUGCGUGUCUGCAUAAAUGGGCAGAGGCGGACCGCUGGCUUUGUGUACACUCACUCCUCCGGGACUUUUCUCUCAUUUCAGAAGAAUUUCGAGGAAAACUACCUCGCUCUUCCUUUUACUUUCACUUUUCCACGCGUCCACGACAGGACAGGAGAGCUUCUUUCAGUCGUUCAGUCACAAAAAUCAGGUAAGAUGAUAAACAAAAAACUCAAUAAUAUUCGAGGCAUGAGGUAAACACACGAAAAGUUAAACUCACAGGCAAGUGUUUCAAUCUCGGUUUGGACAUUUGCAGGUUGUUUCCGGGUACUUGAACGCAGCAUUACACCUGAAACUGCUGCAUCACUUUGGGUGGUGUGAAACUGAUAAUUUCACCCUCUAUUAUGUAGUUUUUCGACAGGAAUGAUCAAAAUUUGAUUCUAAAGAGUGUAAGAUUAAGAAAAAAUUAAGAAAAGAUCAUUUGUGUGAUUUUAUACUUCCACAUCACUCCAUAAAGCAUUCUGCAAGGUGAGUGAUUCUUGUUCGUAUAAUAUGCAUUAACUUUAAAGGAUUUAAGGAAACUAGGGCAUAAAAUAGAGUCCUUAUUAACCGCUUUGGGUGAAAUGGUAACAUAUAAUCUCAGAUUCAGUUAAAUAUUUCUUGUUUUACAUAAAAGUGAUAAAAGUUGAGGUAAAUAUUUUACAAUACUCUCCUUUAUCAAAACUUUAGGGCCAACUUUAAUCAUAUUACAACACCUACUGAACCAUUUUUAUAUACUUUUAUGUCUUUGUAAUCUAAUUUAAUGCUUGACUCAGGUGCUAAAUUAUUUUAAAGAGGUCUUAAUCUUGUGCAGAUUAUCAUUUGUUCCUCCUUUGUGCAGACUGAGUGUUAUGUAUUAGGAACAAUAAGUCAUUACUUAAUGUACAGAGGUUAAUAAUCUAUGUGUGCACCAUAUAAUGAUCUUGGAUUAUUCUAUGUGUGCAGUAAAAUAGCUCCUUAUUUAGUGCAUAUAUGGUUAAUAUAUUAUGUACAACAUUUUACAGAAGCAAUUUAUCAUUUAAAAUUUCAAUCUGCCCACAAGAUAAUUAUGUUUUCCCCACAUGCACAGAAUAAACACUUGUUGCAGCAAGAUGAUAAUUCCAGUAAUGUGUGUCUUGUGUGUAAAAGUCAUUAUCUUUUGUGCACAAAUGUAGAAGAUUUUACUAUUCAAGACUUCAGGGGCUCUGUAGAUAAUUACUCACAACUGUUAAUUAAAUUGUAACCCCCUUAAUGUAGCUAAAGUGUGGGGGCUCUCUCUCCUUUUGGGUGUGGUCAGUUGCACAAAUCAGAGGGAAUAACAUUUAGCUUCAAAUAAACACUCUCAGCUAUGAAAUGUAAGCGAACGUAACUCUGUUUACUCUAAAAACCGCCUGCGAGGAAGUUUUUUAAACAUGGAUUCAUACGUCAACACCAAAUACCAUUUGUUCUUUGCAGGAUAAUCCCACAUCACCGAUCAUGGCCGCCAUCAGCAGCUCAAACACAGACUUUGCCUUGGAACUGCUCCGAAUCCUGAGCCAAGCGAACCCCACCGGAAACCUCUUUGUUUCCCCGCUCAGCAUCAGCUCUGCCCUGGCUAUGGUUUACCUCGGAGCUAAAGGAGACACUGCUGCUCAGAUGGCAAAGGUCAGGAGAAAUAUCCCUGCAGUGCUUAUUUUAAAGUAACAAAAGGUUAUCCGCAUGAUAGAAGACAGAAACCUUGGCCCCGUUUUCAUUCUGAGUUCAGUAGUUCAGCCUGUUUGCCCUGAAGCAUAUCUAGUUACAGAUUUUAAGGUGUGUCCUGAGACAGGUAAAGUCUGCAGAUACCUGUACAUUGACCUCAGUAAAUAACUCUGAAACAAGUCAGGUAUUGUUCCCUUUAAAACACAGGGCUGUAAAAAUAGUCACUUACACAACGAGCUGCAGUUUCAGCUCUGUUUGCUUUUUAAAGAGCAGUAAAUCCUCAAGGCUUUUGACUUUAUGAUUUCUGUAUUAAAGGUGAGACAGCUUUGAUAAAUGAAUAAAUGAAACUCUUCUGUUUGAAGAUGUAAAUGCAGAAUAAUGGAUGAUAAUCUCUAAUAACCCCGAUUCUUGUGGGAAGGUUUUCCAUCUGAUUUUAAAACCCAGCUGCAGGGAUUUAAACCGAUAUUGGGACAGUCUGUAUUUCCUUCAUGACUAAGUUAUAGCUUUGGGUCAAGGUUUGGAGCUCCAUGCACAACACUGACUGCGCAUUACUAUGGACAACAGGCCUCCAUGCCCCCCCCCAUUCAGAGGAGCGAAGCCAAAAUACAGACGUUUUACAGUGUUGGAGCCAAGACAUGCAGAGAUGGGACAAGAUUGACGUCAAGAUCUGACGUCUGGUGGUGCAGCCCAACGCAGGAUACAUUCUUGAUGAUUGUGACCAUGAAAAUUUCAUUGGCUCAGACCAGUUUCCAGACCAGUUUGACGCGGACAUUGGCCACAAUAAUCUAACCAUGACGCAAAAACAAUUAGAGCUCCCUCUAGUGAUUGGCUGCUGCAUAGGUUAUAAACUCUUGAGGUUUAAAACUGUGAUUCUUAACUGGUCCUUUAGUCACGACCCACUAUUAUAAAAUUCAAACCAAGCAAGUUUAGUUUUUAUAAAAAAAGACUCAAAUCUUUAACAUAAAUACACUUAUUUUACUGAGUAAAGUGCAUUUUAGAGUACAUGAGCUGAGGACGAUAACUAUUAAAGUUACUACUAAAUAUCAAAUAUCAAAUUGCACAAAAUGGAGACCAACAAAAUGAAAAAUGUGACUUAUAUGCAUCUCUGCAUUCAGAGCAUAUUCAGAAGAACCUGAGGAGGACCAUACAACAGCAUGGACAAAAGUAAAUAAUAUCAAGUUGCACAAAAUAAAGACCAAAAAGAAAAAUCAUGUAUUUUUACUGCCUUCAGGCCACAUUAAUAAGAAACUGGGGAGGACCACGACAUAAAGCGGCCUCUCAUAAUAAGCUAUUUCUCAAAAUAAAAGACAGGUCAAACAUCAGAUGCGCAUUAAAUAUUUACUUUUUUGACCAGCUGUUUGCGACCCAUCCAGAACGUGUCCACGACCCACUUUUGGGUCGGGACCCACCAGUUGAGAACCACUGGUUUAAACCAUUAAAAUGAAAUAUAUGUGCAAAAAUACGUAAAUAUACCAAAAAAGUGUUUUUGUCAUGAUAGUUAGUUCUUAUUAUGCAGAUUUAUGUCUGACUACACAUAAAUAUAUAUAAACGACUGGAAAGUUUUAGUUUUGUAUCAGAGUAGAGGUAGACCAGAGAGGUUAAAUGUAAAAAACUUGACAAUUAGAGUCAAUGAAUUUUCCCUAGUCAUAAUUGUCUGCUUCAAAUCAACACGAGCUCCUAUUUUGCUGUUCUGAUUCAAUUUUCUGUUUAAUUUUCUUGUUUAUAUAUGACAUUUGAACUAUGAGAGACCUUGUUUUUAAAUUUACGAAGCAUCGUUUUCCAACAGGCACUCAUCUUGUAUUAUAUUUCAAUCACAUAUACCUCAUGAAAUAUGCUAAAAUCUUCCAUAGCAGUUUGAAAUGGUUUUGCCAGAUAGUUUUAGACAAGCAAACUAAAUCUCUUUCGCUUUUACCACAUGUUCAGUUAAUCAUAUACAGUAGAAAAGACAGCCAACUGUAAGUUAAAUGUGGUUACUAAACAUCACGUCCAGCACAGCUUUCAGUUUGGUUUGAUUUAUAAUAGUAUUUGUCGUUUUCUACCUUUGAACAGGCUCUCUGUUUUGGCUCUGGAGAAAGCGUCCAUGCAGACUUCCAGGCUCUGAACACCGACAUCAACUCACCGUCUGCGUCUUACAUCCUGAGGCUGGCAAACCGACUCUACGGAGAAAGCACCGCCAACUUCCUCCCUGUGAGUUUCUGUAAACUUUUUAAACUCCAGUCUAGAGUGAGAUACUUCAUGGUGGUGCCUCAUAAAGACUGAACAAACAUAAAGAUGUUACCAUAGUGAUAAGGUAAAACUGGUGACUGACCUGCCCCGUCAUUGGCCAAAUCUUAUCAGUAAUACCGGAACUGGUCGCGCUGAGCCUGCCGAAGAAACCUACUUCCUGGUUACCUGUGACCUUAACACCUGACUGGCAUCACAUGACCAGCUUCCCCACUGAAAAAGCACAGAGCUCCCUCUAGUGGUCAAAUACAAUUGAUGUGUAAAUACAAGAUUGAAGAUUAUGGAAGUAAAUCUGUGCCAUCUGAUUUUGAAUUUCUGAAGCUGAAUUUAUUUUUUUUUAUCAAAAUCAGACUUUGAAUUCCAAGCAUGCAUUUUUAUCUGACACUAAUUUUUUUUCACAAUGAUGAAAUAAAUUCAGUUUAAAAAAAAAAGGUCUUUCAGUGUAAAAAAAUUGGUCUCCCAAAAUAUUAGUUUAGUGAAAAUUCGACUAAAAAUAUGUGUAAAAAAAAAUUCAACAUUUAAAAAAAAAAUUAAGUGUCAAAAAAUUGAGUGUAAAAGAGACAGACUCAACAUCCGGAUAAUCAGGGAGAAGCAAUCGAUUUUGCACUGAAUUAUUUGACACUGAAAUUUUUUUUUAUGUUAAAUUUUUUUACACAGUUUUUUUUGGUCGAAUUUUUACUAAACAAAUAUUUCUGAGAGACCUUUUUUAACACUGAAUUUAUUUCAUCAUUGUGAAAAAAUUUGUGCCAGAGAUAAAAAUGCAUGCUUGAAAUUCAAUGGUUUUGAAAUUCAAAGUCUGAUUUUGAUGCAAAAAAAAAUUUCUGCUUUAGAAAUUUAAAAUCAGAUGGCACAGAUUUACUUCCAUAGCAGAUGUUUUGUUGCCUCUCCAGAUAUUGUUGUCCUGCUGGAGAAUUAUUUAAUGAAUUUAUGCAACCUAAAUACCAUAAAAUUUCCUUUACUUUGCAGAAAUUUCUUGAGGCCACACAGAAGUUUUACCGGGCUGACCUGAAGGCGGUGGAUUUCGUCGGAUCUCCAGAGGCCUGCAGAGCAGAGAUCAACAGCUGGGUGGAGGAGCAGACAGAAAGUAAAGAUUUUUGUCCCGAUCGCCUUUAAGAAAAAAAAAAAACCUUUCCUAAACCAUCUGUGUGAAUCACUGUUCAAUGUCUGUGUGAUCCCUCUCAGAUAAAAUUAAAGAUCUUCUGAAGCCAGGAACAGUCAGUUCAAUGACAAGGCUGGCUCUGGUUAACGCCAUCUACUUCAAGGGGAACUGGAUGAACCGCUUCGAUGCGGCAGACACCAAAGAAAUGCCCUUCAAAGUCAACCAGGUGGAAACACUCUGACGUACAGACUUAAAUCUGAACACACAGAGAGUUCAAGCAAGCAUGGGAAACUAAAUAUGGAUGUUUCUGUGUUUUUGUGCAUCAGAAUGAGAGCAAACCAGUCCAGAUGAUGUACCAGAAGAAGAAGCUGCCCUACAACUACAUCCCCGGUCCAGAUGGAGGUCUGCAGAUCCUGCAGCUGCCGUACGUUGAUGAGGAGCUCAGCAUGUUCAUUCUGCUGCCUGAAGAGUCUACAGACGGCUCCGACCCUCUGCUCAAGGUAAGAAAAGUAAAGUUAGAGCAGUCUUUAUCAGAGAGUAUCAAGUUUUUCUCUUCCACUUUGGUUCGUCUCUUUUCUAAGUCAGCAGGUCAACAUCUUCGACAUAUUUUAUUUCAUUUCUUUACACGGUUAUUCUGCAUAAUGUGUGUUAAAAGUAAAAAGAUUUCAUGUUGUUUCAGCUGGAGAAAGAGCUGACCCGUGAGCGCCUGGAGGAAUGGACCGACUGUGGGAACAUGGACGUCCACUCUGAGGUCAUCAUCCACCUGCCCAAGUUCAAGCUGGAGGAAGACUAUGAGCUGAACGAGCCCCUCGCCAAGCUGGGCAUGACAGACGUGUUCUGUGCUGCGAAGGCCGACCUGUCCGCCAUGAACGGUGAAGGAGGACUCUUCCUUUCUACGGUGGCCCACAAGGCCUUUGUGGAGGUGAACGAGGAGGGGACGGAGGCAGCUGCAGCCACGGCAGGCAUAGCGGUGUUAUGUAUGUUUAGGGAGGAGCACUUUACAGCCGACCACCCCUUCCUCUUCUUCAUCAGGCACAACAAGACCAAGUCCAUCCUCUUCCUCGGCAGGUUCUCAUCUCCUCAGUAGACGGAACCAGCAGAGGAAGAUUUUGGGUCGGUUUAAAUAAAGAUCUUCAAAAUCUUUGAAGUGAAGACUUUAUUUUUAUUGUUUUCAAGUCCAAGGAUUUUAGAUUAUGUGUUAUUGUUUUGCUCUGAUAUUAAAGAUGUAGCUUUCCAAAGAAUAAAUAAACAAGCUUAGAUAUUAA